AUGAAUCCAAGUAAGUCUUCCUCUAAGAUGAAGAACAAGAAAAUCGCUGGAUCUUCCGACGAACGAGAAACCAUUAUGGAUUCUCCUAUUACUGCUCCUGUUCCCGUAGAAAAUUCAAAGGAACCUUCCAAUUUCGUUGCACCUAUUGUUUCGUGCUUCAACGACCGAAUUCGGCCGCUGAUUGAUGUUGUUGACAAACUACGUCAUCUCAACAUAAUGAAAGAAGGGAUCCAGCUCCCCACCAUUGUUGUUGUUGGUGACCAAUCUUCCGGCAAGUCCAGCGUACUGGAAUCCCUUGCCGGAAUCAGCCUCCCUAGAGGACAGGGUAUUUGCACCAGAGUACCAUUGAUCAUGAGGCUUCAGCAACACUCUGCCCCAAAAACAGAGCUUCGCUUGGAGUUCAAUGGAAAAUCAAUUGUUACAGAUGAAUCCCAUGUCUCUGAAGCAAUAAAUGUAGCAACAGAAGAACUAGCUGGCCAUGGGAAAGGCAUAUCCAAUACCCCAUUGACUUUGGAAGUGAGAAAGAAUGGGGUACCAGAUUUAACCAUGGUUGAUCUUCCUGGAAUAACUAGGGUUCCUGUUCAUGGACAGCCUGAAAAUAUAUACGAUCAGAUUAAGGAUAUUAUAAUGGAGUAUAUUACUCCUGAACAAAGUAUAAUAUUGAAUGUUUUAUCAGCAACAGUGGAUUUCACCACUUGUGAAUCGAUUAGAAUGUCUCAGGUUGUGGAUAAAACAGGGGAGAGAACCUUGGCAGUGGUAACAAAGGCUGACAGAGCUCCUGAAGGACUGAUGGAGAAAGUCACCGCCGAUGAUGUCAACAUCGGACUGGGUUACGUGUGUGUACGAAACAGGAUUGGAGAGGAAUCUUAUGAGGACGCAAGAAGGGAAGAAGCAAGGAUAUUUGAAUCUCACCAAUUAUUGUCGAAGAUUGACAAAUCAAUUGUGGGAAUUCCUGUUUUAGCACAGAAAUUAGUGCAAAUACAGGCUACGAGCAUAGCAAAGAAUUUACCUGACAUUGUGAGGAGUAUUAACGAGAAGUUGAGUGAGAAUUUGUCAGAAUUGAACAAAUUGCCAAAGAAUUUGACCUCAAAUGCAGAGGCAGUGACGGCUUUUAUGAGGAUAAUUAUCUCAGCUAAAGAAACCUUGAGGAAAAUUCUACUAAGAGGUGAGUUCGAUGAAUACCUAGAUGAUAAAAACAUGCAUUGCACAGCUAGAUUGGUUGAAAUGCUGAAUAGGUAUUCUGAAAAGUUAAAUCAGUUUUCAGAAAACGAUUCAGGAAGGAAUUUUCUGAUGGAAGAGCUCAGCAUUCUCGAAGAAUCAAAAACAAUUGGAUUACCCAAUUUCCUUCCUAGGACAGCAUUUCUAGUCUUACUUCAAAGAAAAGUGAAAGCAGUAUCAUCUCUGCCUAUAGGUUUCGUGGAAACCAUUUGGAAUUACUUGGAAAAUGUUCUGACUGCAGUUCUAACGAAACAUUCUUCUAAUUACCACCAGCUCCAGCUGUCCACCAAAAGAGCCGGACAUGUGCUAAUAGCUAAAAUGAAGAAAAGAUCAUUGGAACGAGUGAUGGAGUUCGUAGAAAUGGAGAAACUAACCGAUUACACCUGCAAUCCCGAAUAUGGCACGGAAAGGAACAAGUUGAUUUCGCAGCAAGAAUCAUUCGUAAAACAAGUGUUUGGAAGUUCCGCUCCGAAAAUCAUGAUCAAAGGGUAUGGGGAAGUGGAAGUGGGAGAGCUUCGGCAGUACGAGUAUCUACUUCCACAGGCGUACGAUCUGAGAAUGACAAUGACGGCGUACUGGAAGAUCGUGCAGAAGAGACUAGUGGAUUGCAUGGCACUUCAUCUUGAAUAUAGCAUCAAGAAAUUGAUCGACGAAGAACUUGCAUCGGAAAUCGUGAAUGAAAUAUUGGGUCCAGGGGGGGUUGGGAUCGAGAAGAUGCUGGAGGAAGCUCCGAACCUUUCAUUGAAAAGGGAUAAACUGAAUCGGAGCAUUGGGCGGCUCCGGGAAUCGAAGGAGGUGGUGGCUAACAUUCUUGAUCGGAUUGCGACUUUCGUCGGAUGUUGAAAAAUGGAUUUCGUGUUCUAUAUCUUAAAAAAUUCUGAAAUGCGAAGUUAUGUUAUUUGAUCUUUGAUAUUUCAAUUUACAAAAUUUCGAUUUGUCUUUGCUUUGAUCUUAAAUGUUUGGAUUGAAAAGAAAUUGAUAUGAAUCAACGUUCCAUUCGUUUCUUAA